CCCUCUCCAUCCAAGCUUCAUUGACACUUGACUCUUUGCUCUCUCACUCUUUCUCACCCACUCCCUCCUUCUCCUCUUCGUUCUCCUCCUCUUCCCUUCCUCACACAGUUGUCCUUACUUAUUAAGGUCCUGGUGUGAUUAUCUGCUGGAAUCUCUUGCACUUGUCCUGUAUUCUCAGUGUGGUGAGACUGAGAGUGGGAUGGGCUAAAAGCGAGAAAUGCGUGUCUCCGUGUGACUGUGUGAUACUUUGUGCAGGAGACGCUCCCGUAACUUCAUCAGGACUAUUUUGGCUCCAAAUAUUCCUGGAGCCUCAAAGAAACGUGUCCGGACGCUCUGUUGUUCAUGCCAGCAAAGGUUUCCACGGGGAGUUUGUGGUGUCAGGGUGCCAGUGGAAAGACCCUCGGAGGCAGAAAGAGGAGACGUGAGGACGGGAAACAGUCAGAGGAAGAGAGUUUAAUGUGGGGUACAGGAAGUAUCAACCGAACGGGGGCUGUCCCUACAUUUCUGCGGACCCCCACUGUCAUCCAGCCUCAUCUGGAUAUGAAGCCCUUCCUGCAGUUUCCAAUGGAGACUCCUCCUCCACACAGCGUUGGGCUCUUCCACAACUUCAAUGCGAUGGAUCCUGUUCAGAAGGCAGUGAUCAACCACACCUUUGGAGUCCCACUGGUGAAGACCAAACGGCCAAUCAUUUCCUGUAAUGUCUGCCAGAUCCGUUUCAACUCUGAGAGUCAGGCAGAAGCCCACUACAAAGGGAACCGUCAUGCUAGGAGAGUCAAAGGCAUUGAGACCUCCAAGAGCCGCCCACAAGAGAGUGACAAACCACCUCCUGGGCCCGUCUCGUCCCCUUCACCUACGGGACCCUUACCGACCAUCUCAGAUACUGACCCCAGCAAAACAGAUGAGACGCGGCCAGCACCGCAGUUAAACGGACCAGCGGUGGUCCCAGGGCCCGCGGCCAUUUCUGCUCCCCCCACCCCAGAAUCCCCCGGUCCUUCCGCCUGUCCUCUUCUGCCCACCCCUACUACUCCUCAACCACCUCCGGCCACCUCCUCAUCUCCCGGCUGUGGCUCUUCUAACCCAGAGCAAGCUGGCACCGGGGCCCCUGGGGCACCAUCAGUCACUCCCAGCAACCCCGAGACCGAAGAGGACAAAGCCAAGAAGCUGCUUUACUGCUCACUGUGCAAAGUGGCCGUCAAUUCGCUCUCCCAGUUGGAGGCCCACAAUAAAGGCACUAAACACAAAACAAUUCUGGAAGCCCGCAGCGGACUGGGCCCAAUCAAAGCAUACCCACGUUUGGGUCCGAAGCCCAGCGGGGAGCAGGGAGGUGGGGCCACAGACCCCAAUACUCAGGAACGCACCUUCCACUGUGAGAUCUGCAAUGUGCGGGUCAACUCAGAACUGCAGCUCAAACAGCACAUAUCAAGUCGAAGGCACCGGGACGGAGUGGCAGGAAAGCCAAACCCCCUCCUGAGCCGACACAAGAAGCACAGGGGAGCUGACCUUGCGGAUCUCACCAAAGCGUUAGGCGCCGGCCUCUUGCCGAGUCCUCUAGCCGUUGCUGCAGCAAUGGCAGCGGCCGCCUCCUCCAAUCCGCUGGCUCUCCGCGCAGCAGCCCCCGCCCCCCAUCCGCAUCAUCACCUCCUGCAGGGUCCGCCCCUCAGCCACGCCAUCUUGAGACCAGCUCCGGGGCCCAUACGCACCUCACACGGGCCGAUCCUGUUCUCGCCGUACUGACUCCGCCCCCCACCCCCCCCUUAGCCAAUCACAGCCAGUCCGGAGCCUCACCUCCAAAAGCACACUGUGAAGACGAAAAAAAUAGUGAAACACCACAGCAACGACAAGAAUCGGCCCAUCAACAAUAACGUCAAUCAUCAAACCAAUCAGAAGGGGGCGCAGCCACGAAGGAGGGUGCGACUGGCGUUCCAACCCUCUUUUCAUCACCCUUAACUGCCUCCUCCAUCUCCGUUUGUUCGGAUCGAGUGAUUUAUUCAUCGGUGGAUGAAUGGACAAAUGCAGGGAUUGUUGGAAUAGAGCAAUAUUGUAUGCUGAGCGCAUCUGACGUCCUUGUCCCUUCCUUCUAUUUAUACUCAUACUGUGAGGUAGCAGCAGUCACAUGGUAGCCAGACAUGCUGGAAUAAGUUAGAAACCCCAAAAAAACACAAACCAACACACAAAGACUACAGUUCAAUGUUGUUCUGAAUAAAUGCACCCUCAACCCUAUGCACCUUGAGAAACCUACAGAAACCAUCAGUAUGCUUCUCGUAGUAUUCGCUGUAUUCAACUUGUCCUGUCUGGCUUUGGCAUCUUUGCAAGAGGAAAACGCCACAAUCUCCGUCGCAGUUCCACCACGUCAAGACUCAGAGCAGGGGAUUGUGGCGAAGGUCUAAGGGUGCCCGACCCUUUCCGAAUGCUUGAGAAGCUUCAUCGUAAAGCCCGACUUUAUACAGUCGCAUCUCUCUAGGGAAACGGAGGGAUUCAGAAGUGAUACUCGAGAUUUCUUUAGUGUCGCUUUUACGUCCGUUUGCGCUAGGAGCGGUUGACUGAAAACCCCCAGACCCCUGUCUUAGAUCGUAGAAAAUCAGUAGACGUCUAUUUAUUCUAUUGUGUAGCGUAGUUUAGUUCAGAACAUCCAAGCUGGUUGACUUUAGAAAAUAUUCCGAAAUAUGUACGUAGAGGAUGAUGUAACUGCUGAUAGAUAAGACGGACGGGUACUUUGAUUCUCAGAGAAAGGCAACAAACCUAAGCACACACACUUGGACUUACAGUACAUACAGGCUCCUCUGUUCAUUCUGUCUCUGUAUGUUCGGUGGACAUUAUGCAACCCCCAAGCAAUACGGCCCCCCUUCUGUCCGACUUCCGCGUUCAGUCUCACGAGAGUCAUCCCGCAAGGACUGACACCACAGGUCAGCCACUCCAGCGGACGCCCAUGAGAAUCUGGAAAAAUGAACAGAGAGAAGACGCAGAGGAGGUCACAGAGGACACGACUGUGCAAUCUCCCCUUUUUUUGGUAUGAACUUCCUGUCUUGAAUCUAAAGCCAUGCAAUGCAUAUUAUUUUUUGUUCUUUUAUUAUGAUCGAUUAAUUGUUUUGAUGUUGUUUUUUGGGUUCGUUUUCAUAGCACACUGUUACGUUGAACAAAUAUUGUUGUGGAAAUUCUGACAAAAAAAAAUCAGUGAGCAAAAGAGAAAAAAAAAAAAAACAGGAAUAUUUUUCUAUGGAAGAUUGAAAACCUGCACUUGGGUGGGAUCUACGUGUUGUAGACAUCGUAUUUGGAGAAAGUAAACAUAAACAUCAAACUAGGGCCUGUUGUGUUGAUAGAUGCGCGACGGUCCGCUGAUAAGCAAAGUGUGACAAUGUCUUACUGUUGUUUAGAUAUUGCAAUGCAAUAAGCAACUGUCAUUUGUUGUAGAAGAGAAUUUAUAAGCGGUAUGGCUGCUAAAAGGCCUCCAUGUUCUUCCACAGAGAUAAAGUAGCCUUUUCAGUACAAAAGCUGGGCGUUUAAAGCAAGAAAGGGGCACCCCACAGGGACAGGCCCUUCAUAUUAAAGGGUCUUUUCUCAUCUCUGAGUGGGGGACAGGGUAUAUCUGAACGCAAACAAUGUGUAGUCAGCCAUAGCCUAUGCGUAUGUAGCUUAGUUCACUUUUUUGUUUGUUUGUGGCAUUGUUUGCAUUGUGUGGGAAAUGUCAUGAUAAUGCCAUUACUUCAUGCUAACUGUGGUUAGCGUCCACCAUUGUGCUUUGAUGGAACUAUACCUCUGUUUCUCAUUAGUUACCGAGGCACUAAUAUGGGUGCUGUAGUUUCACGUCGGUGUGUAUCGUGUAGUGUCGUGUGCGUACGGAUAGAAUCCGGUUCUGGGAAACUUGCGAUAGACAGAAUCUGGCUUGAAGGAUAGUUCACUAAAAAAUGAAACUUCUGUUGAAAUUUACUCACCCUUAUGUUUUUAACCAUUUUUAUCAGAGGACAGUAUGGAAGCCCGUUUCCACCACUGAAUAAAAAAAAUUAAAGGUAAUUGCGACUUUUUGUCUCAGAAUUCAGACUUUCUCGCAAUUGCAAAUUUACAUCUCGCAAUUCUUAGUUUUUUUUUAAAUUGUGAGAUAUAAACGCAAUUCUGUGAAAUAAAGGCAACGUUCACACUGUCAGUUUUUGGGAUUGACAACCGCAUUUACUUCCAGGUGUGAGUCUCUAAACGUUCCGUUAACACAGCAGCUUACAGAAGCAUCUUGAAUACUGUCUGUAUGAACGUCUGAAUGGGAGUCAAGCAACAGUGACCAAAGUAAUAUCGAAGAUGGCGACGUCCGUAAAACUGAACGUUUUCAGACGCGAUAAGAGUCCAGUCGAGUCGUGAGUUCAUUCAUCAAAUCUUCAUUAACCGACAGCAGCUUUUAUAUUUGGGUGAAGGGCGGAGCAUUUGAGUUGCAUGAAAUGGAUGGGAGCGGCUCCGGUGGAAACUGGAUAUAUAACUUUUAGGUGACAGACAGCUCAUUUCUCUGUCACUGAAAGUUAUCGAAAACACACAUGAAAGCACGCGACACACGGUAGACAUGCGUUUGUGCAGCAGAGCGGCUCUCGUGCACUGAAUGUCAAGAUGGAUAACUAGUUGUCCAGUCCUGUUUCGUUCACACAGCGCGUGUUCUGAGAAUGUGGUUGUGAGUCCUGAAAAUUUACGGGUGUGAGUUCGGUUACAGAAGGCGGUUGUCACGCCCAUAAGUAACUGUAUUAAGGACUCAAAUACAGGACUGACAACCGUAUUCUGCUGCUGUGUGAACGGGGCCAAAGUGGUGAUUCCGAGAAAUAAAAUCUGAAUUGUGAGAUAUAAAUUGCGAGAUAAGACUUUUUUUUUCCCCUUCUCAAUUUUGAGUUUAUAUCUCACAAUUUGGACUUUUUUCUCAGAAUUGUAUAAUAAACUUGCAAUUCUGUGAAAUAUAGUGGCAAUUCUGAGACAAAAGUUCUGAAUGUGAGAUAAAUAGCAAAAUAUGACCUUUCUUUCUCAGAAUUGCGAGAUUAUAUUAAUUGAUAGAAUUGUCUUUUUUUCUUCAAAUUAUGACUUUUUCUCAGAAUUCUCAGAACUGUUUAGUCAGCGCAAUAGCUUAAUGGGUCAUGUGCCAACAUAUAACGGUGUUGUGUUACGGUCGUCCCAAGCGUCCUUAGUUCGAAUCCCGGCUCAAGGACCUUUCCCUCUCUCUCUCGCUCUCUCUCUCUCCCCUACUUCGCUUCCUGUCAGCUUUUCACUGUCCCAUCAUAAUAAAGGCAAAACACCAAAAAUAAACCUUUAAAAAAAGAAUAGUGAUUCUGACUUUACUACACGUAAUUGCAAGUUAUUAAGUCAGAAUUGUGAGAUAUAAACUCUCAAUUCUGAGAACAUAUCAGUUUUUUGUCCCCUCAAAAUGGGAUUUUAUAACUUGCAAUAGUUUAUAUUUCACAAUUCUGAGAAAAAAAACAGAAUUGCGGAAAGAAAAAAAAAAGGAAUUGUGAUUAGUUUUAUAGAAUUAUAUAAUUGUGAGUUUAUAUCAUGCAAUUCUGAGAAAAAGUCUAAAUUGCAAGUUUAUUUUGCAAUUCCGACUUUAUUUCUCAUAAAAGUCAGAAUUGUAAGUUUACAUCCUGCUAUUCUGACUUUAUAACUCAGAAUUGUAAGUUUAUGUCUCACAAUUCUGACUUUAUAACUUGCAAUCAUGAGUUUAUAUCUUACAAUUCUGAGAAAAAGUCAGAAUUGUUUGUAUUACACAGAAUUGCAAGUUUUGCAAGAUGUAAAUUCACAAUUACGAGAAAAUAAAGUCAGAAUUGUGCAAUUACCUUUAUUUUUUUAUUCAGUGGCUGAAACAGGAUUCCAUAGAGGGAACAUCAGGCACCAAAAAGCAGCAAUAUUUGCAGACACAUAAUUCAUGCAAAUCAGAGAAGUUAUUAUUUGGCAGUGAAAAUGAAUUUGCAUUUUCAUUCAGCCCAUCUGCUGUUUUUGUUCAGGCAAAUUACAUAUAUAGUUUCAUAAAAUGUUUGAGAUGUUUCCACAGACAUUGGUGUUGUUUUAAAGCAACAUUGCUACCUAAACAAAAUGUAUGCAAAAUGCAUAUGAGUUUGGAAUGACACAAGGGUGAGUAAAUACUGAAGUUUUCAUUUUUGGGGUGACCCAUUCUUUUAAACUGCACAUUUGCAAUCAGCUGUUUCUAUCCCAAACAUAAUCAUUAAAACAAUCAGUGGACGGUGUUUUCGGCUGAUUUCAGAUGAGCAUUUUGGGGUAACGCUAUGCGUACUGACACAUGCUGUAGUUUGAAACCAGGUGUCCAGUGCCCGAUUGAAACCAUGUGAGGUGAUGAAGCCAUCACAGCUAACACAGACUUGCUUAGUCCCAUCCGUCAACACUGUAAAGACCACGUUCAUCCUGUAGUCAAAAUAACAUCAUCACUGUACAGAAUUGUCUUUGGUAGAUUUAUUCAACCUUUCAGGGCAGGUGUAAUGUUAGUUGGUGAAGUCUAUUUUAGCCUUAGCCUUAUUCCACCCCAGGCCUCUCCAGGAGCGGACACGGCCGGAGAAGCUUCGGUCAAACCUCGUCUUGCCAAUAAAUUUAUUUUUGAAUUGAAUCGUCAGAUGGGAAAUCAGUAUGUGUGAUGGAACGUAGCAAUAUUCAACUCAUACUGGCUACUCUUGUUUAUUGCAAUAAGGAAAUCAACCAAUAGAUGCAUAUGUGAGUAAAAAUAUUAUAGAUGUAAUUUAAAUCAAACACAGAAAAUUAUGGAAAUACUUGGUAUCAGAGAAACUUGGAGUUACCACAGGGAAAAAAAGAGAAAAAAAAAUCAAUGUCUAUAAAUCAAUAAAGAAUAUUAAAACUCA